AUGGAAACCGCCAGAGAGAGUUCCCAAAUCGACAACCCAGUCAACACGCCCUCAAAUACGAUUGCAACAACAUACCACUCUGUAAUCGAAUCCACAAUAUACAACAACCUCCCAGCAGUCAUCAAAAGAUUCAACUUCCCCGAAAACCCAAGAACCCACCACCGCUGGCGCAAAGAAGUCGAAGCCCUCAACCUCGCCAGAGGCCACCCAAACAUAUCCCAAAUCCUAACCUCAACCCCCUCCCCACCAACAAUAACUCUCCGCCACGAAGCCGGCCUCAGCCUCGAAAAAUACAUCAACCGCAAAACCUCCACCUGCACCCUCUCCUACUCCGACGCCUUAGCAAUCUGGUCCCAAACUGCAUCAGCCCUUUCCCACCUGCACUCAACUUGCAACAUAAUCCACGACGACGUCAAACCGGAAAACAUAAUCUUCUCCUCCCCCUCCCCUCCUCAUCCCCAUUCAUCACCUCACUCUUCAACUCACAGAGACGAACACCCACAACCCCACGCAGUCCUCCUAGACUUCGGCGCCGCCCUCACCCUCUCCUCUUCGUCAACCCCCCCCUCUCCCGACCUCAACAUCUGGUCCCCCUCCGGCACACCCCCCUACGCACCCCCCGAAUUCCUCCACCGCACCAAAUCCCACGCCUCCGAUGUCUGGGGACUAGGCGUCACCCUCCUCUUCUGCUUCGGAUACAUCCCGCUGCCUACGGGCUCCUGGAUCCUGCCACACGUGUUUGAAGACGAAGCUGUCAAGCAAGAAAUGGUGGCGUGGUUGGAUGAGAUCGAGGAGUUGAGGACGUCGUUGGGGAGGAGCGGGGAUAGUGAAAAGGUGUUGCUUGGGAGGAUGUUGGAGAGGGAUCCGGAGGUGAGGAUUGGGAGUGGGGAGGUUGUGGAGGUUCUUGGGUCGUGA